AUGGCUCUGGGGGUUGAAUCGGGAUUGAGCUGGCCAGGGUCACAUGGAGGCUACAGAAAACAGGAAGGACAGAGACAAAGAGGCCAAGGGAAGCCAACCUGGGGACUACCACGGGCCAAGAAGAGACUCCUGUGGCAGCUCCUCCUGUGUGCAUUCGGCGUCUUAGGCCUGUACCUAUACGGGCUCCAUAUUGUCAGGUACUUAGAAGGCUUAGUCCCCAUGGGCAUCUGCCCCACAGACACAAGGCCACUGCUGGGGGACAACUUCACGGGUGGCCUGCGGCACUGGGCCCGACCUGAAGUCCUGACCUGUACCUCUUGGAGAGCGCCGAUUAUUUGGGAUGGCAUCUUUGACCCACACGAAGCCGAGCAAGAGGCGAGACGGCAGAACCUCACCAUUGGACUGACGGUCUUUGCUGUAGGCAGGUACCUGGAGAAGUACCUGGAACACUUCCUGGAAUCUGCCGAGCAGCACUUCAUGGUGGGUCAGAGCGUGGUGUACUACGUGUUCACUGAUCGCCCGGAAGCCGUGCCCUACAUAGCCCUGGGCCAGGGUCGCCUGCUGCGGGUGGAACCCGUGCUGCGAGAGAGCCGCUGGCAGGACGUGUCCAUGGCGCGCAUGCACACGCUACACGAGGCUCUGGGAGGGCCGCUGGGGCAGGAAGCUGACUAUGUGUUUUGCCUGGACGUAGACCAGCACUUCACUGGUAACUUCGGGCCCGAGGCGCUGUCUGAUUUGGUGGCGCAGCUGCACGCCUGGCACUACCGCUGGCCGCGGUGGCUGCUGCCCUACGAGCGGGACAAGCGAUCGGCGGCCGCGCUGGGCUUGGGAGAGGGCGACUUCUACUACCACGCGGCGGUGUUCGGGGGCAGUGUGGCGGCGCUGCGCAAGCUGACGGCCCACUGUGCGCUUGGCCAGCAGCGGGACCGUGAGCGUGGCAUCGAGGCGCUCUGGCACGACGAGAGCCACCUCAACAAGUUCUUCUGGCUGUACAAGCCCACCAAGCUGCUGUCGCCUGAGUUCUGCUGGGACCAGAAAAUUGGCUGGAAGCCAGAGAUCCACUGCCCUCGCCUGCUCUGGGAGCCCAAGGAGUAUGCAUUAGUGCGAAACUAG